UGAUUGGACUUAACGUUUGGUCAGAUCAAGGAGAUAGUCAUUUAGAAUCCUGAAUUAAGCCUCUGAUUUGUGGGUAUAUACCUAAAAACUACAGCUGAUCAUAACAAAGGCUUGAAUAAUAAUAAUAAUAAUAAUAAUAAUAAUAAUAAUAAAGGUGUUAACAGGCAAAACAAGCCCUUGGAAAUCAUCAGAACAUGUGUCCGUGUAUUAACAGAGCAGCCAAACAAUCUGGGAGAGAUGAUUGUUCCUAUACUGAAUUUAAAUUUUUAGAUGGUGGGACUACUUUUUUUUCAUACAAAAGUCUUGGACUUUUUCCAAGUGUAACUGCAGGUUGCAAAGUAAAUAUUAUGCAAUAAUGUAAAGUGAGCCCAUUACUGGUAUUAGUCCUGGGAUAAAAUUCCACAAAAAGGACCUAGUUGGCAGCAAAAUGUAGUAAAUAAUAUUAGUAAAAGUACUCAUACGGAAUGAUUUUUUUAAAUAUAAGUUAUUGACUAAUGUUUGAGCAGCAUUUUAAUUUUAAAAUUUUAGCCAGGUCCAGGUUGUGUCAACUACUUUACUCAGUUUAAUUUAGAUAUAUUUACAGUGUUUUUUUAUUGUGCAACUGCUCAGUUUGCAAAGUUGUGUUGGGAAGUAAAAUUAUUUCUCUUAAAUUUAGUACAAAAGAACCUCAACUGUACAAAGUACGGUACUUAAUAAAAUAGACUUACUUCAAUAUGAGUUAGUUUCCAUCUCUCACAGUGUGCAGCUAACAGAUCCUUUGUGACCUGCGCGUCAUUUUCGGACUAUUUUUACAGGAGUGUCGCGGAUGUCUUCCGCUCAUUGUGUUACAAGGCCCUCUGGCGGAGUGAUCUGCAGUUGUAAAGGUCCUGACGGGAGACAGGCAGUGGAUCGAUAACAAACCAGACUCGGUGAAAAAUUAUGACUGCAACAAUAGGCAGCUAGCUGGCUUCUGAUCUUUUACAAGCCAGAAUACCGGACAAGCAAACCAAGACAACCAAGACCAUGGAAAGAAAAGGUGUACCUAUUAAGCGCAUCCUCAACAAGCCCCAGAUAGUCCGCAGUCUGGGCGGCAGCCUUCACCCAGAUGUGAAUGCCAGCCACUCCCGGGCUGGAUGGUCGCUCCUGACCAAAGUGCAGCGCAGCAGGCACAAGAAUCUGUACGAAAUCAACCAUCAAAACAGGAACAAGCCUGAUUUAAACACAACACUACCAGUUCGACAGACGGCGUCCAUCUUCAAACAACCCGUGACCAAGGUUACAAAUCACCCCAACAACAAGGUGAAGACCGACCCACAGAAGGCUGUGGACCAACCCAAACAAUUGUUCUGGGAGAGGAAGUUGGGCGGGUUGAAUGCAUUUGAUAUCGCAGAGGAGCUGGUGAAAACUAUGGAUCUUCCCAAAGGCUUACAGGGUGUUGGGCCUGCGUGUUCAGAUAAAACGCUUCUUUCUGCCAUCGCCAGUGCUCUGCACACCAGCCCCUCACCUGUCACUGGACAACUCACUGCUGCUGUGGAGAAAAACCCGGGGGUCUGGCUCAACACAUCACAACCUCUCUGCAAGGCCUUUGUGGUGACUGACGAUGACAUCAGGAAGCAGGAGGACCUGGUGCAGAAUGUGAGGAGGCGGCUCGAGGAAGCCCUCACAGCUGAUAUGUUGGCUCACAUAGAGGACGCCACUGCAGACGCAGCAGCAGCCAACAAAGUGGAGGAGAAGGUUGAGCAGGUGGACAAGGAGGAAUUAUAGCCAAGGCUCGUUUGACAUGAAGUUUGCUGGUAAACUCCUUUCAUUUUCAAAUAAUUGGCUCCAUGAAGAUUUUUAUACACUUUGAACUGAAAUAGACCCUAAAUGCAGACGUUCUGCAGAUUUUGUUUACCUAAACAAAGACUGUUUUCUUUAAUAUUAUUAUUAUUAUUAUUAUUUUUUACAUUCAAUAGUGUAAUUCUGGAAGGGUGCUUUGGAUUUCCAGUUCAUUUUUACCUCUACUAACGUAAGGCGACUUUCUUUAGACUUUCCAUUCUGUUUAGCGUUUUCAUGUCACGAUGACAUCACCAUUUCACCAUUGAUACUAUAUUGAGUCAAAUGAAAUUACUGUUCCUGUAAGUGGUUGUACUUUUAAGGCGGUUUUGCAGCAGUUGUGGAUGAUUCUCUACACAAUGCAGUGUUACAGUUAGUAAACAGCUUUUCAAGCUCAAAGUAAAGUCAAAAACACAAACCUGAUGUGCGUGUGUGUGUGUGUGUGUGUGUGUGCGUGCGCGCUUGUGUGCGUUUGUGUUGAAUGUAUCCUUUCAUGUUGACGUCUUAAGUGUGUUUCUUUUUUGACACGUUGCUCUUUUAUAUUUUACUCUGGCACUGCAGGUAUUGUGUUACGUUUGGAAGCAUAGAAAGGUUGCAGUAUGUUUACAUGCACACGGCACUGUUGUGGCUGUGACUAAUCACAUUUAGUUUGUUUGAUUUCAAGUUUUUACAGCUCAAAGCAGUGUUGUUUCUCACAAUAACUUGAGUUUACAUGGUUUUGAAGUUUAAGUCACGAUGUUUGUGUUGACAAAAGAUUUUUCAGUACUGUUUCGCCAGCUGCAUUUGAGUUUAAUAUGUAACAAAAAGUGUGUACCUUCAGAAAAUACAAAAACCAAUAAAACACUGAUGUACCUCGUAA